AUGUCCAAAGUUGGUUCCGACUUCGACAAGGUCCAAGCCUCCCGCCCGGACUUCCGCCGCGAUGCCGAGGUUAUCUUCACUAAACCCCCAAACCCCACAUGGAAAGACGGCGACGGGGCCAAUGACGGCGGGGAGAGUCUCAAGAAGAACCACGUCGAGAUCGACCCCCAUGCCGAUGGCCGCCCCGUCGCUUCGAACUACAAGCUUCUGAUCUCCGGCAUGGUGCCGCGGCCGAUUGCACUCAUCAGCACCCAGUCUCCCGACGGCUCCACGACGAACCUCGCGCCCUUCAGCUACGCGCAAGUCAUCAACCAUGACCCCCCGCUCUUUGUGGUUGGCUUCGUGGGCUCGCUCGAGAAGGCCAAGGAUACACUGAAUAACCUGCACGAGACACAGGAGUGCGUCAUCAACAUCAUUUCGGAGCACUUUGUCGAAGCGGCGAACGCGACGGCCAUCAACGCGCCCUACGGCCACUCGGAGUGGGACGUCUCCGGUCUGACCCCAGCGCCCACGUCGGUCGUCAAAGCGGCGCGGGUGAAGGAGUCGAUACUGGCGAUCGAGGGCAAGCUCGUCGAGACCAAAGAGUUUGAGAGCCGGGCGGUCCCAGGCAAGAAGGCAAGUGUGCUGGCGAUCAUCGAGGGCGUGCGAUUCUGGGUCCGAGAGGACGCUAUUGAUCAGGAGCAAAGUGUUAUUGACCUCAAGGUCCUCAAGCCAAUCAGUCGCCUGGGUGGAAUACAGUAUGGCCGAACAACGGAGGGCAUUGAAAUUCCCCGACCGACCUUUUAA